UUAGAACGGUGCGGUUCAGUUUGUUGUUUCAAAAUGACGUUGGUUUGCAAUUUAUCUGACGUGACCAUGGAAUCGCGGCAGUGUAGGACUGGGCAGGGCCCUGGAGAGAUCAGCAAAUCCAUCCCCCCAGGCUGAGGCAGGACCAGGUCAACCUGACCUAGCCCAUCCCUGACAGGUGUUUGUCCAACCUCCAGUGAUGGGGCUUCCACCCGCAACCUCCCUUGCAGAAAAAGGGGGAAGAGGGAGAAACACUCUGCUUUCUGCUGAAAUUUGAAAUGAGGAUAGCGAGCAGAGAGCCAGGAAGAGCCGCCCGGCUUCACAUUAAUGACACUGGGCCACAGGGUCGGUGGUUAUAAAUUAACUCGUCUCCUUUGGCUCCCUGUCAGUUUAUACUAGCUAUUUCUACCGCCCUCGGUCACCAGCUCCCGAUUUGAUAGUGCCCUGCUAUAAGGAAAAGGGUUUACAGUUUAUGUCAUUGACACACUGGGAAAUUCCCGGAGCCAUCUGUUCUGCCACCGACCCACAUUCCCAAUCCUGGUUUUCCCCUCCUCACUUCGUCACGGGACAGGAGCAGGGGGUGGUAAAUCCCAGCCUGCACACCCACGCAAAACCAAAAUUGAAACCAUAUGUUCAAUAAAGGCCGGGCGCUGCACCCUGCCUCUCGUCUUUGGAGGUCUGCUGUUGCUGUGUCCAGAUCUAAGAGGGAGCCGAGCGAAACGCUGUGAAAUCACGACCUGCUGAACCGCCCCCCUCCUGCUGCCGCUGGCCCCUGCUCGCCGGAAGAUGAAGGGCACGUCUAUCGCUUCUUUCUUGCUGCUUGCACUGGUGGUGACCUGGACCGUGGAAAACCGAGUCGAAGGACAACCCAAAGCACCUGUGAAGUGCAAAAAAUUAUGCACCGAAUUUUCAAGCAGAAAAAUACCCCAGAAACUGUUGAAGACCUAUAGGAAGACAGAACCAUCAUGUCCUAAAGCCGCUAUCAUAUUUGUCACUCAGAAGAAUAAAGAGUUCUGUGCAGAUCCAGAGGCGAGCUGGGUGAAGGAAGCAGUCCGACAGCUAAACCAAGCAAGUGCCCCUCUGAAUCCGCCACUUUCAAGCACCGUCAACUCUGCCGUGGUGCAAGAAGGGGCAGGCGUUUUUCACAGAUUAGUGGGCGAUGCCGUCUCUAAACCAACACCGCCCAGUGUUCCGGCCAGUCCCACUCACGGGGCUGGCACACCCGUUUCACAAGCAAUACAUGUUCCUGUUGUGAGGACGGAGGAGCCCAACAUAGCCAUAUUGACUGUGCAAGAGGCCAAGAGGUCUUCUACAAAAUCCUCCUCUGCAUUACAAGCGACUGUUACUCCAUCUACUAUCCACCCUGAGCCGGUUGCCAAUGGCAGAGAAGUUUCCAUAAGAUCUGUUACAACGCCAGCAGCUGACAUACCAGACAGCACUUCCAGCAGAUUUCAUUCAGAUCCCACCCCUGUCAUGAAAAGCUCUGAGAGUUUUGUAGGAUCUAGAAACAAGUCCACAGGAUCUACUAUCAGUCCACCAACUGAUAUACCUGGCACAGCUCCCAGCAGAUUUCAUUCAGAUCCCACCCCUGUCAUGAAAAGCUCUGAGAGUUUCGUAGGAUCUAGAAACAAGUCCACAGGAUCUCGUAUCAGUCCACCAACUGAUAUACCUGGCACAGCUCCCAGCAGAUUUCAUUCAGAUCCCACCCCUGUCAUGAAAAGCUCUGAGAGUUUCGUAGGAUCUAGAAACAAGUCCACAGGAUCUCGUAUCAGUCCACCAACUGAUAUACCUGGCACAGCUCCCAGCAGAUUUCAUUCAGAUCCCACCCCUGUCAUGAAAAGCUCUGAGAGUUUCGUAGGAUCUAGAAACAAGUCCACAGGAUCUACUAUCAGUCCACCAACUGAUAUACCUGGCACAGCUCCCAGCAGAUUUCAUUCAGAUCCCACCCCUGUCAUCAAAGGGUUUGAGAGUCCCAUACGACCGACAUAUAAUUCUGUAGGCUCUACUAGAAAUCAAACAGCUGAUGGACUUGCCAGUGCUCCCAGUAGACUUAUUUCAGAUGCUCCAUCCAUUGUAAAUGGCCCUGAGAUUGCCGAGUUAUCACCUACGUUCCUGACAAUACCUUCUCCACUAGAAUCUGUUCCCAGCAAGCCUGUUAUAGGCCUCACAUCUAUGGGGCAAGUGACUGAGAACUCUACCAUGAAACCCACAGCUGUUCUAAAAGGAAGUGAUACCACCAACCAAUCCACUCCACACCCUACAUCUCCUGGAGGAGAAAGUACUUCUGUCAGUCCAAACAGUGGUGAUGAAAGAGAUGCUGUCAGUGACUCUACGGCUGAUGCUCACACAGGUAGCUACUUAUCUCCUUUAGGAGAGAAAGAUCCUUCUCGCUCUUUUCCUGAAUCCAUUUCACCUGCAGAAACAUCAGUCCUUUCCUUCAAAAGCUCCACACUUCAGAACAGCGCAGAGGGGCCUUCAGAUGGUCCCUUGGCGUCCAGCAUUUUGCCUACAUCCCAAACCCACAUCCUCAAACUUGCUUUGCUGGUGAGCAUUCUGGGUAUUUGCAGUGCCGCUGUAUGGAUGUAUGUAAAGCCCAAAGACUGUCCUGAAGAAUCAGCUAAAGAACUGGUACAAGGCUUGCUCUUUAAUCAGCAGCGCUCUCGAACUAAUGAAUAUGCUAUGGAAGCCGUCUGAAUCCUUCAUGGCGUGGACUUGGGUUUCUACUGCUAGUAGGUGGACUCUAGGACAUUACUGUAAGUGGGAGCAGGGAGGCUAAACCUGGCACUAAUCAGGUUUAUACUGAACUAAGGCAAAAAACAAUGCAAGGCAAAUGGGCCGAGGUAGAGAGACACUAAGGAAACUUGAGUUACUUGUCUUUUAUCUUGCAUCAUUAUAUGCAAAGGUAACAGCAGUUGUAGAGAACUCAGCCGCUGUUUGCCAGUCGGUGUCAAAGGCAUGGUUCCGAGCUGGUAUUGGAAUAGCUCCAUUCCGGCACGAUCCAGCUAAAAUCCCAACCAAGCUGCUCUCAAGCCGAAUGUUACGCCCCCUCGAUCCUCUCCCUGCCUUAAGAGUGUGGCCCCAAACGUUGCUCUUGCCACCUCUCUGCUGCUUCGCUCCCUGCACUUUGGGUCCCCAUGUGGUGCUAUUCUGCUUCGCUUCUGUUUGAGUGAUACCAGAGUUGUCACUCAACUGGUUGCUGGCUGUUCCGGUCUUCAAGGGCCAGCCAUGCCAAUAACUGUUACCGGACCUGACCGCUUUGAGUCCAGUUUUCCAAUGUGGCUGCCUACAGUUAGGCCUCUGGAUCCAGAUGUAGGCAGCUAAACACCUACCUUAGGCAACUAAGAAUCAGCACGUAGUAGGGUGACCAGAUGUCCUGAUUUUAUAGGGACAGUCCCAAUGUUUGGGACUUUAUCUUAUAUAGGUGCCUAUUACCCCCCACUCCCUGUCCCGAUUUUUCACACUUGCUGUCUGGUCACUCUAGCACUUAGUGACCUAAUUUUCACAGAAUGCUGAGCACCUGCAAGUUGGCACCUGUGAAAAAUUGGCUAAAACAAGAAUUAAGGCAUCUAACUAUGGAUUCAGGGGAUUAACUUUAAGCACCCACAUUGAAAAACUGGACUCAUUGAGAAUCAAAUCUCUCCUCCAGCUGUGGUCCCUGGACCUAAGCAGUUCCUAGCACGGAUGUGAUCUUACAGAACAAAGACACGCUGUUGUAUAUAUAAAAAAGAGCCAUUGUGAUACUUGGGAACCAAAGAAGCCACCAGACACCAAGCAUCUAAUGAUUUUUCUUUUCACGUGGAACCAAUGCGGAGUCUGAUUGGUGAGCCGUUCUCUUUGACAGUUACAAAAGACAAUGAAUGGGUAGUUUACUUUCAGAGCACCUAGUAAUUACCAGUAAUACAUUUGGACUUAGGAGCAUAGAAACGAGUCUGCUGGAACAGACCACCGUCUAUAUAGUCUGGUAUUUUGUCUCUGGCAGUGGCCAACGCUGGCUGAUCCAGAGGAAGGUGUAAAACUCCUACACUAAUGCACCUCUGUAACUAUCUGUCGCAGGCUUAUAUAUAGCAUCUAUCACCAUGGUAUUAAAGCACUGUAAAGCUACUAGGGAACAGAUUUUUAUGCAAACGGUUAUUGAUUUUCAUACAUCUAGACAUUACAGAAUCUAAGUCCGGUGGGCCAAAUCCUGAAGGUCCCUGACUCAAUUUUUAUUGUCCUCACUCAGGACAAAUUUCCAUUGACCUCAGCAGGACUUUUGCCGGGGUAAGAAAUCUUCAGGAUAUAGGCCACUGUAGCUGCACAUAUAUAUCACGAAUCCGGUGCUGCGCUUAUUGACUUCAAUGGGAACAGGAUUGGACCUCCAAAAUAUAAAUGUACAUGCAGAAAAAGAAAGUAAAACAUGUUUAUAACAAAAACUAAGACACACAAAAUGCGGCUGCUUUAUCUGAGUAAUACACUAAGUACGAACAAGUAGUAGAACAAGCUAACCACAGCUGAUUCUGUACUCACCUUCUGGGAAAGGAAAGAUAGACAAGGCAUAGGUGCUGAGGUCACCCCAAUUAGGAACCAGCAGACACACUUGUAGGGGAACUCUGACCCAGAAGCUGGGCUGAUGGGAUUCAUCCCAACAAUAUUUGUUUUUGAUUGUAAUCCAGUUCCCUUCCCCUUGGUUGUUGGUUUUGUGGAGGGGGCUGGAGGUAACUUGGUACAAGGGAUUCAGAGUGUGAUCAGAUAUGGUUUAUACUUGAGUUUUAUGUGUGAAAUUCAACCCUGUGCAGAGGGCCAGUACCCAGUGACUAAUGCAUUACUUUAGCCCUGUUUGGAAGUACAUAGGCCUUCAUGCACGGGGGGUGAAUUUAGCCCUAUGGGAAGAGGAACCCAUCGGUUGUCAGAAUGAUGUACAAAGGAUAGUCCUUUAAAUACAAAAUCUAGCCUAUUGUUUUUAUUGUCCAUAUUUUUAGAAAUGUAAUGCAAAUGCAGAGUGCAGGUUACUGAUCUCCAAACCCGCCCCUUUUUAGUGAACGUAAGCGAGGUCUGGGACUGAUUGAUGCUUUCAGUUCAAAACUGUGUCCUCUAGGUGUUCUAGCAAGGAGGGGCUUAACGCAAUGAUCACGGACUUCAUCACAGAAGUCACUUGUAUAAAUACCUGAUGAGGCUUGUGUUGGUUUUUUUUCCCCCUCAGCAUCCAGUCUCAUGAUCUAAGGAGGCUUGAGUCAGCAAUGAGACUAGCUGGAGUUAUAUGCUGCAGGAAGGAGGACUGGUGACUGAGCAGCUAUUGUCUUCCCUCUUCCCACUAAGCCAGUGCUGGACUAAUGACCCAGGAGGCUGUUAAGGGGCACUUUGAUGUGAGACAUGCAGACCUAAAACUGAGGUCUGGGCCACUGAAAGAUCCCAUGACACUUCUUGCGAGAGAAGGGGCUUUAGUUCCAGUGUCCUGGCCCAAUGCUGUCUCAGAUAGUUAGAUUCUGCCCCCGACAUGCCUCCUGCAGCUGUUUGUAUAGGGCAUUCGUCUGCUGCAAUGGCUAGUCCUCCUUUCUUGAUCGAAACUGUUACGGUGCCUUGCGGUGUGUGGCAAAACAGCUGGCUCCUUCCAUUUCAGGGGUGGGUGCAGUGACCCUUAGGUGUGGUCUGCACCGGGCAGGAGCAAGCCUAAUGCCUCUAGAAGUAGGGUAGUUGUCGAGCAGGUGUUGCUAGCAUGUUUGCCCUCCCACACGGUGCUCUAGCCUCUUGGCCAUGCCCCCUUAUCCAGUCCACACUCACCCAGGCAGAGUUGAUUGCCCCUAGCUGUGCUAAGUGUCAUUUUUACACGCAGGGCUGCAAGCAUCCAUGUUGCGCAGGAUAAGGCAGCUAGGGAGUUCUUGGGACAGCUAACUGGCCAGCGUGUUGGUGGAACUUUUGAAUUACUUUCAGCUAAUAACAGGCUAGUAAUUUUUUUAAACAGUUGCAGUUUCUUAGCAAAUGCAAGCUGACAUUGGGCCCAAUCCGCCACCACUGAAAUCAGAGGGGAAUUUUGCCGUUGACUUUUACUGGUGCAGGCUCGGGCUUAUUAUUUCUUUAAAAAAUCCUGCACAAUGGUCAUCUUGGCAGGGUGCGGGUGGACCUUUGUUCUAUUGGGGUGAUGGAAACAAUGGAUUUCAGUUGCAUUCUCUGUAGUGUUUAAAGUGUUAUUUAAUUUAAAGCACAAGGUGAAAAGGAUUGGCGUGUGCUAAGAUGUAGUCAUGUGCCCGGUAAAUGUAUCCUAUUCUGUUUUGUAUUUUCAUAAGAAAAAAAACAAUAAAAUUCUAUGACAAAA